AUGGAUAACUCUCAACUGCUCCGAAAGGUAUGCUUUAGUGUUUUGGCGAGUUCCAUGUCGUGGAAGCAGGCACAGGGGAGUAUAGUAGUGGCUGAGCGUGGCGAUCAGAGAUAUGUGCCCUCAGGGCCCUACGACGGUGGUGAACCCGAAGAUUUGGACGUGGAUCUCAUCAUAUUCAGCCUUGCCUUUAUGCUGACGUGUUACCUGGUAUUGACGAUCGUGUACUUCGUCGUUAAAUACUUUCUAAGGAGAUAUUUCACUUCUGGCAUUGUUUUGGGAAGUGACAGCGAACGCAGUGUGACAGGGGCCUUGGGAACCGCUAGAUGGCCCAACACGCUAGAUGAUGCCGAGGCAGUACGUGACAAGCUAGCCAAAAUGUCUCCCGAGGAGCAGUUUUAUUACAAACAGGGCGAGGAAUUCAUCCGACAGAAUCCACCACUGCUCAUCCCCGAGCAGACUACAAACUCUGCUGAUGAAACCCAGGUAGAUCCUAUUAUCAACGAACAGACACUGCAAUUCAUUGAUGAGGAAGGCGCAUCUGCUUGGGAAUUUCAACCCGACCCAAAAUUGCCCAACGACAGCAUCCUCAUUGAGAAUAAAAGCGAGAUCACAUUUCUUAACUACAACUACGAUGCAUCCGUAAUGACUAAUCUUCCGAUUCCACGUCUCAAUCGAGUCUACUAUUGCGAGUUCAAAAUUUUUGAGUUGAACACUGCUGGCAGUAAUAACAACCAUCUCUUCAAUAAUGAAACCGUAUCGUUUGGGCUCUCUACUUCUCCGUAUCCAUACUUCAGACUUCCGGGUCGGCACCACCAUUCGGUGGCAUAUGACUCCACUGGCGCUCGUCGGCUGAAUGAUUCGUUCGAAUUAAGUGCUGAGCUGGCGUCCAUAUUUCCGCGUUGUGAAAAGGGCGAUGUUAUUGGUAUUGGGUAUCGAACAAAUAGCGGAACUGUUUUUUUCACUCGGAAUGGUAAAAAACUAAGUGAAAAAUCUAUCGGUGGUCAUAUUAAGGGCUGGAAAUUCAAGUACGUUUAUCCCAUAGUAGGAUCCAAUGUGCCUUGUAAGAUUCACGUUAACUUUGGUACUUAUGGGUUUGUCUUUAUCGAAGCGAACGUGAAGAAGUGGGGGUAUGCCAAGUCGCACGGUAUGAAGCUUCCUCCACCCUCUUAUGACGAUUACGGUCAGGAUGUACUGCUGGAAAGUAGUUACGAAGAUGAAGCAUCCGACAACGAAAGCAUUUCAACAAGCGACGGAGACAUAAUAGACCAGGAUGGGCAUUUACUGCCACCUCCGCCAGGCUUUGAGUUCAGCAUUUCUCCUCAGCCCUCAAUCUCUGGUCAGUUCACCUUGAAUACAAUGCCAGCGGAACCACCGACAUAUGCAUCCGACGAACAAAAUGCAGUUGCAGAAUCGGAGACAUUAGCUCAAUUGGAAGAGCUUUCAAAUGGUGACGUUUUAGAUGAUGCUUAUGAGGGAAAUGACUUAAGGAAAAAUACCAUGGCGAACCAGUUUUUGUGA